ACUGUCACCUGAUCAUUACCAUGUUCCCACAAUGCACUGCGAAGAACAUGGCCGUCUCUUUCCUCGGAGUGUUAUCCAAACGAGAAUGAACGUGCUGUUUCCGUGCCAUAUCAGUUGACAUUCCUUAAAAACAACUUAAUAUCCAAGUCUGUGAAGUUACUCCUGCAGAGUAUGUUUUUAUAAUCCCGCUGUGAGGAGCUGACGUAUAUUUCCGGAGCACCUUCCUGUGAUAGCGGUCCAGAGCCAAGAUGACAGGAGUCGUAGCCAAGCGAGAGGGACCACAGUUCAUCAGCGAAGUCGCUGUGAGGGGAAACGCCGGCGUCCUGGACUACUGCCGCACCUCUGUGUCCGCUCUGUCCGGAGCAACAGCGGGCAUCCUCGGGCUCACCGGACUGUAUGGCUUCAUUUUUUAUUUCCUCGCCUCUUUUCUCCUCUCUCUGCUGCUCAUUCUCAAGGCCGGACGACGAUGGAACAAAUGCUUUAAAUCGCGGCGGCUGCUCUUCACUGGCGGCCUCGUCGGGGGUCUCUUCACUUACGUCCUGUUCUGGACUUUCCUCUACGGAAUGGUGCAUGUUUACUAAAAUGACCUUCCAUAAAUAACUAAAUUAAUCCUAUCUAAUGUUACAUAAACCAAUUAUUUGUCUGUCCUGCUGUUUGUAGAUAAGCCAGUAGUAAAAUACUUCUUCCAUUAUGAACUGUUGAUUAAAUGGAGGAUUGUUCAAUAAUUAUAGUGUGCAGAAUCAAAUAUUCUCUUCUCUUUCCUGCUACACACUUGGCAGUGACUGUGAACUUUUUUAACCUGUAAGUCCCCAUCAGUGCUCGGUAUCAUCCGUACCAGGAGGACCACACUGAUGUUAAUGGAGGAUGUAGUGUAACGGAUAAAACCAGGUUAAAGGUGGACGCACGUUUCAUCACAUUUCAUGUACAAUACUAUGGUUAAGUUAUAACAAGUCUGAUUACUAAUUAAAAUAAAUAAUUACCUCUUUAC